AUGUCUCUAAACUCCCUCUUGUUGUUCGUGGUCGUACUUCGAGUUGCUGCUUUCCCUGUUGAUCAGGGUGACGGGAGCGGCUUGGACUGCCGAUGUCCAUGCCCAGAAGAGGUGACAACCACUUCACCGGCUCCUGUUCCUGCUUACCAACCCUAUCCUCAUGCUGUUGCUGCUGUACCGAAGUCUAUGAAGACCCGACUACCACAACAACGACCACGACGACCACUACCACCACCACCACCACCACUACGACGGAAGCCCCUACGACGGAAGAACCGUGCGGAUGUGGAUGCUGUUGUUGCUGUUGUGAAGAAGAGCCCACUACUACGACUACCACUACCACCACGACCACAACAACGACAACCACUGAGCCUCCAACCACUAUGCAAGCACCUCCACGACCAUGCUCUUGCUGCUGUGGCGGAAGAGGAGGCUGCUGCAGGCCUGCAGUGCAACCUUUUGGUUCUCUUUCAGAGAGAACUCGUUUGUCCUGAUGGAUGGAGUCGCUACCAAGAUUCAUGCUACUAUGUGGAGAAGGCGAAAAUGAGUUAUGGUCAAGCCGAAAGAGCAUGUAAUGAGAAAGGGGCUACCCUCUUCGUGGCUGACUCCGUUGAAGAAUUUAACGAAUUAAUGAGAGAGACCCCGAACUUCUACUGGAGCUGGAUUGGACUUGGUCAAGCACAGACUGACUCGUAUCCGCAAUGGCAAGUGGCAGGUCCAGAUGGGUCACCGAUGAGAUGCGCCGUUGCUAGCGACGACUUCGGAGUGCCAGCUUGGGGCGGCUACGAAGGAUUGGAUCCUGCCCAUCUGAAAUGGCUGAUCAUGCCGUUCUCAUCCGUUCCCAAUGGAUGGUCAUCUGUCAGUACAUGUGUUGGCCACUACAAUGUUGAAACCUAUUCGAGCACAUACCUGUAUUUCUACCCAUGUGGUUCGCUCUUCCACUCUAUUUGUGAGCGUAACUCAACUCUUAGCAGUUUGGUGUGA